UAAUGCGUGCAAGAACUUCCACGUGUGCUCCAUCGUCAAAGCCCUUCUCCACGAGUCCUCAACUUCAGCAUACUCCAUUGGGAAGCAAGCUCGGUUAGGGAUUCAGUACAAUCGGUGGUUUUCCUUCUUCAUUUUCUUUCUUCCCAUGAAAUCGAUCGUUGCUGAUCGUUCGAGGAUUCUCCAGGUUAAAUCUCGAUUGAUAAUUUUGAGCGGAGAAAGAAGAAAAUUGAGAGCAAUCGAAAAUGGGGUUGCUUCAUCUUCCACUUGAUGUUGCCCUGAAAAUUGCUUCUUCUCUUCAGGCAUCGGACAUUUGUGCUUUGGGCUGUUGCUCGCGGUUAUGUCGGGAACUUUUCGAUUCCGAUUGUUUGUGGGAGUCUCUUGCAAGAGAAAGAUGGCCUUAUAUCUAUGCUUCUUCAUCUACUGGUUCUUCUUCGUCAACUCCUGCAAAAUUCCCCAUAUCCAUGGGAUGGAAAAGCUUUUACAUCCUGAGGCAUAUUGAGAUAUUGGGAAGAGCCCAAGCAGCAGUCAAGUUUAUAGAACAAUGCCCUCCUUCGACACCGAUUGAGGGUGGAGACUAUCUCAGGACAAUACUCGGCUUGCGGGAUUUGAAGCUUAGUUUUAUAGAUGUUCAAAUGGUGCUUUUCAAACCUCAACUUAAUGGGCUGCUGAACUUGGUUGGCUUACACUACUGCACAAAUUUGCUUGAAAUCCCUGCCUAUCGAGUCAUGGAAGCACUUCAAAGAUGCAAGAUCUCAGAGAAACAUAUAUGUGUGAAAUGGUGGAAGCUAGGAAGAUGGUUUUAUGGCUUCCGCAUGAGAGACGAACAACAUACUCGUCGAGUCUCUUUGGCAGAACUUGUAACGGCAGAAGGGGAAGACGUUCUUGGGGUGCUUAGCAGAGGUCCUGUUCAUGAGGUGCUCCGGGUUCAAGUUUCUGUAAGUGAUCCCUUUGACAGUCACUGAUCUCAACAUGGCACACAAAAACACCCUUAGCAUCUCUAUAAGCAUUCUGCAACUGCAAUGACUUGUGUGCUACUAGUUGUUCAUGUAUAUCAAAUACUUGCUUGUAAAUUCAAGUAGAUAUAAAUAUGUAAAGUAUGUAUCUGCCAUUCAGAUUUGAUUGAUAAGUUGUCAUUCACUAACGUAUGCACCUCAAUAUUUAGCGUAUUGUGUAAAUUAUCAAAGGCGUUUGGGUCAAUGUAUUGGAUUUUACAAUCCCUUCAUUUA